AUGGCGGUCCAGGGGAAGGGAGCAGUUCGUACCUGGUUAGAUUGGUUGAGCCCUGAGCAAGGGGCAGGUGACGCAAUCCAUCUCUCCGGUGAACAAAACAUAGAAAAUACCAACCAAACUGCUCCAGAAGAAGGGGUUUUCGUUUUGCGGAAGUUUAUUGGGAAGCAGGUUGGGGUCACUAGGCCAUUGCUUGUCGUCUUUUCACUGCUACUCCUGUCUGCUGUUCUUUUCCGGGUGUCUAGCAGGUGGAACUCCACCCAAUUGAGCACCUCCAGGUUGAACUUGCACAUUGAAUGGGAUCCACAGUUUCUCUAUGAUAACAUCAUAUGGAGUUACUUGGAUGAUCUCAACGAUGCAGAGGAGCAGAUGAAUGAAGCCUGGAGUACUUCCGACCAAUCUGUGCGGAUAGCUUUUCAGAAGCAUUUCGCACCGUCGCUCAACGACGGUCAAGCGCCCACUGAGGAUCCGUUGGCGACCAUCAAUGACCACGUGUCGAAGAUGCGAGAAUGUGAAUUCCCGUUUGAUUCUUCUGCGAAGGUGCAGAGUGAUUUCUUGCAACACCUGCAGCUGCUGCUAAGCAUUUGCCGCACAGUCACGCUUCGCUUGGAGGAAUUAAAGUCGACUGGCACCUGGGAAAAAUUCAAUGGAGGUCAACUCAGUUUUCCUGUACGCGAAGAUGCCGAUAGUAAUUCAUAUCGUGGAGAUACCUUCAGUAUUUCCGGGUCGAUGGAGGCGAAGGGGUUCUUGAGUGCCCUGGGGAUGGUUGGUAGUGAACGGAGAGAGUCAGUAGAUGCCCAAACAGCCGAGGAACUCGUAGAAUUGCUUUUGGCUGAGGACAAACAUAGUGUAUGCAACAUGGAAGCCCGUUAUUACUUUGAACGUUUUCUUCAACCCUUCGGAGACCAAGAUGUUUUGAAAGCCACCCCCUCCACUGCUGAACACCAAAUUCCAUACAAUGGAAAACCAUUUAGAACUGGAGCUCUGGCACAAGCAGCUGCCCAAGUAUUCCGUCAGUCUGAAAGCAACUACAGAUGGAUACACAAACUUCACAAGAUAGCAGGUAACUGGACACCCAAUGGGUUACUAGAGGCUUCGAGGCAGCAAGAGGAAGAAAAUUUGUACAACUUCCAACAGCGGCUGCGCAUUAAACGGGGUCAAAUGCGUAUGCUUCUUAAGAAGGGCAUACAAUACGGUGAUUUGGAAAUGAUCGCAUUAUUCCUUCUCUAG